AUGGAUAAGGAUAGUGGAGCACUCAGCCGGAGAGAUGGGGUAGAGGAGCCUGGCAUGGCAGCAGAUGCUUGGACCCCAGGAUGGGGAUCAGUCCUAGGAGUUGGAGGAUUCCAGCUUGCAGAUUCUUCUCCCACGUAUCUGUUUCUGCGAAGGAGUCACUGUGCACCAAGGAAUCUCAAGACUAUGCCUCCUGGGACAGACAGUCCCAUCCUGCCACCAUCAUGCUAUGCAGAUCCAAGAGCAGCCAGGCUUCCCUGGUGCCCAAGGAACACCACAUGUUUAUGGAAGAGGCCUACAAUUCAGCCAUCUGCUUCAAGAUGCUGCGAGACAUAGGCACCUCAGACCCUCUGCAACUAAAGUACAUUACCAAGAAGAUGAAGAAGAUGGCUCAGAGGUCCCCCAGCUUGGUGAUGGAAAGCAUCCAUGACUACUUCAAAGACAACCCAGAGAUCUCCAACCGGCACAGGUUCCGACUCUUCCAUGUCCUGCAGGCCGUCAUUGGAGCCCGUGAUGUCUUGGAAGAGACAUGGCAGAAGUACUUCAUGCAGUUGGCCCUGGAGCACAUGACCAAGUCCACGGAACUGGAUGAUAUAUACCAGGAUGCAGCCAGCAAUGUGUUACUGGCCCUCUGCCGGCAUUCGUGGCCAGCAGUGGCCAAGCACUUGGAGACGGAGCUCCUGACGGGUGUCUUCCCACACCGCAGCCUGUUGUAUGUGAUGGGCACCCUGUCCUCCCAAGAGGAGCUUCUCAAGAAAGAAGACAGAGAGAGCUGGAAAGAUCUGCUGUCCCAGAUGGCCAGAAAGUCGGUGCCAUUCCUGAACACAGAUGUGUGGUCCAAGGAAUUGCUGUGGACCCUUACCAAGUCUGACCGGACGCAGCAAGCACACACCCCAGAGAAGGACUUCCUGUUCACCUACUAUGGGCUAAUCCUUCAAGCUGAGGAGAAGAGCACCACCGUCAGGACACACCUCAAAACCCUCUUGGAAACAUCUCACCAGUGGCCCAAGCAGCGGGAGGGCAUUGCUCUCACGGUGGGACUGGCUGCAGUAUGCCACUUGGACGAUGCCUGGGCCAUCCUAGAACAGUUUGGACGGAGCACGUCCGUCAAGUGGAGCCUGCAGAGCUUCUCCCUGAAGAGCCUCGAGGACCUUCGGUGGAAAUGGGCUGGCAGCACCAUCCUCCUCUCCUACGGCCAGAUGGCAGCCAAGGCCAAGAGCCACAUCCUGCCGUGGGUGGACAAUAUCUUGUCCAGGAUGAUCUUCUACUUCCGCUUCAGCUCCUGGGAUGAGACCCUGAAACAAAGCUUCCUUAUGGCCGUCGCGAUGCUUGUGGGAGCCAUCAGCCGGAGUGAGGGUGCCCACAGCUACGAGUUCUCCCAGACUGGCGAGCUCCUGGAAUGUCUGAUGAUACUGAUGGAGAAAGAACCACAAGACACACUGUUCACCAGCAUCCGCCAGCAGGUCAUCCGCAUUGUCGCCAGCCUCUGCGCACUGAGACCACCCAUGGAUGUGGACAGGAAGUCCCGGCUCCUCUCCAUCUGCUUCCGCAGCGUCUUUGCCCUGCCACUGCUGGAUGCCCUGGAGAAGCACACCUGCCUCUUCCUGGAACCACCCAACAUCCAGGGACUAUACAACCAGACCAUGGAGGCGAUGGACCACAUGCUCCAGUGCUUCAUGAUCCAGAACCCCACAACCAAUGAGCUGUACUUCCUGUUGUCGCACCUGUAUGUCUGGCUGGCAUCAGAGAAGGCUCACGAGCGACAACGGGCUGUGCAUAGAUGCAUGAUCCUCUUCAAAUUCCUGAACUAUAAACGAUGCCUGGACAUCAAAGAGCCCUUCAGAAGGAUGGGGCAGUUGGUGGCCAUGCUGGGGAUCCUGUGCCAGGACGCAGACAGAACCAUCCAGUGCUUCAGUUUAGAAGCCAUAGGCCAUCUCUAUCAGCUUCUGAUGUACCACAAAGCAGGAGAAGUUCCAGAGGUGGAGAGGGAGACCCAUCAGGAAUUCCCUCAGCCUGAUGUCAUUGGAACUGCCCUCUGGAGCAGUGGAGACCAGAAGGACACUCUUCUGAUCCCCCAGGAUAUGGCAUCCAAAAAUGACAGCAUCUUCUUCAUGGGCAGCAACCAAGUUAUAAAGGAGAUCAUGGGUCAUCUUGAAAUGGCAGAGCUGACUGAUCUCAUCUGGACAACCAUCGAUGGCUUGGGCUCUACCAGCUCUUCCUGGGUGCAGGCAUCUUCCAAUAUGCUUUUCCUUGCCGUCCAGGAGCAUGGGGACAACCUGGCAACUGUGGGUAAAAUGAGCAAGGCCAUCCACCACCACCUCUGUGCCAUCCAACUGCCCCAAGCCAAGAACAAUGUCCUACGUGUCAUCAGCCUCCUGGCCCGGAACCACAUCCCAGAGCUGGUGGCUGCCUUCCUGGACUUUUCCACUCCCCUGGACAGUCAUGUCUUUUGCCUGUGGAAGGCCCUGGGAGCUGAAGAGCCUGCAAGCCAUUUGGUUCUCACUGUGCUGAUGGCUUGGCUGCAGAAGAGGCCUCUGCCCUCAGAUGCCAGCGACAGCAGUUCCUGUCCCAAGGAGAAGCCUUACUUGCGUUCACUGGCCGCCAUGUACACAAUCCACGAGCUACAGUUCGCAAGAGAGUUCAAGAAAGCCGUGCGGCAUGCUUUCCCCCAGCUGUUCCUGGCCCUUCUGGCGCAAAUGCAUUAUAUCCUGGAGCUGGACCAACCCACAGAGCCUGAGCAAGAGCAGAAAGCCCAAGAAGCAGCCAUGCCAAGUCCUCAGAGCUGCAGCACAUCAUUGGAGGCCCUGAAGAGUCUGCUGUCCACCACGGGACACUGGCAUGACUUUGCUCACCUGGAACUGCAGAGUGCCUGGGAGCACUUCACAUCCAUCAACACCUACCCCCUGGCUGUGGGCCUCCUUGCCAGGGCCAUGGUGCAGAAUCACUGCAAACAGAUCAAGGCAGUUCUCAGCUACUUAUUGCCCGGCCUGCAGAGCCAGCAGGAGCGAGAAAGGAAGACAGCCAUCCUGGUCCUCAUUGAGUUCCUCUAUAGCCCUGCCCUGUUGGAGGUGAUUUCUAAACAGGCUGCGCUGACGGUACUGGCCCAAAGCCUCCAGGACACCAGCCCCGAGAUCCGUGUGGCCAGCCUGCAGGGCCUUGGAAACAUACUCUUCCACGCAGAGAAGGGAACCCUGCUCAGAGGUCAACUGCCAGCUUUCCUCAAUGGCUUCUUCCAGAACAAUGAGGCGGUGGUGGUAGGCAUUAUGGGCAUGGUAUCGGACGUACUGCACCGCUUGGGCACAGAGGGCGCAGGUGCCCAGAGUCUCUGCAUCUCUAUCAACACCCGCUACUUCUUUGAUGACGAGCGGGACAAUGUCCGAGCAGCAGCUAUGGCACUGUUUGGGGACCUGGUGGCAACGAUAGCAGAGAAGGAGCUGAGUGGCCUGCGGCCCCAGGUGUGCCUAAGUAUGGUGCCUCUGCUUCUGCACCUCAAGGACCAAUGUCCAGCUGUUGUUACGCAGGCCAAGUUUGCUUUCUACCGCUGUGCCGUAUUGCUCCGCUGGCAGCCACGGCACACCCUGUUCUGUACACUGGCCUGGGAGAAAGGCCUCAGUGCCCGCCACUUCCUCUGGACCUGUCUGAUGACACACAGCCAGGAGGAGUUUAGCAUCCACUUGUCGCAGGCCAUCAACUAUCUGCACAGCCCUCACCGCCACAUCAAGACCUGGGCAGCUCUGUUUAUAGGGUACACCACCUGCUACCAACCCCAGGCCGUGUCACAGAUGGUCAACGACAUGGACACCAGGCUGCUAUUCUCCACUUUUAAAGAUCUCAAAAAAGACCCGGAACCUGGCAUCCGGGAAUUUGCCACCAGACAGCUCGCGUUCCUUCGGGAGGUGUCAGCCGAAUCCAAAAAGUGA